AACGUUAUGAAGCAGUCUUGGACCAUAAAUAUAACACUUGAAUCCUAUGGAAAUAAACGAAGACGACUGGGAGCUCGUCAACGACGACGGUUUCAUCUACCGGCGUCUCAAGCGACCCCGCCCUGCUUCCACCUCUACCGCCACCAUCCCACCUCCGGAUAUUACAGCUGAAGCCAAAGCGCGCACAGAAAGAAAAAAGAAGGUGCUAUUAAACCUCAAAACUAAGUACCAACAAGAGAUCCACCAUUGGGAACUUUUGUCGAACACCUUACAGGCAUUACAAAAUCCUACACAAAAUCAACCACCACCUGUUCCAUUGCCGGUUUCAGAUCAAAGGGUCUCCGUUGUGCACGAGAAUUAUUCGGAUUCUACUUACCGGGAACUCACUGAUACCCUUCUCGCUCAGGUUGAAGCACAGGAAGCUAGUAUUAGUGAGAUUUCGAGAUUUUGUGAUGUUGCAGAAGCUCUAUGUGAUGCGGAAGAACGACGGUUGAAGCAACCGUUGAUUGAUUUGUCAAUUUGGGAACACUCACCAAGAAAGCUAAUUACAUCACUAUUACAAGAGUGAGGCUAGACUCUAGAGGGGUUUCAGAUUCUUUUUCUAUAGAAGAAGCCUUUAGAUAGAAAGUCUCUUGUGUCAAUAUUGGGUUAGAUUGUAAUUUGACAUUGUAAAAAUUGUUGAUUUAGAGGUUGUUUGUUGUUCAUGGGAUAACUUGUUUUUCAAUAACAAAAGAAUGUUGUUUUUCAAUAACAAAA